AUGGAGAAACACCACCGAGUGGUGAGUCUGUCUGUCUGUCUGUCACACACGGGCGACCGGCCGCACGCGUGUCCCGGCUGCCCGCUGCGGUUCGCCAAGAAGGACAACAUGGAGAAACACCACCGAGUGGUGAGUCUGUCUGUCUGUCUGUCACACACGGGCGACCGGCCGCACGCGUGUCCCGGCUGCCCGCUGCGGUUCGCCAAGAAGGACAACAUGGAGAAACACCACCGAGUGGUGAGUCUGUCUGUCUGUCUGUCACACACGGGCGACCGGCCGCACGCGUGUCCCGGCUGCCCGCUGCGGUUCGCCAAGAAGGACAACAUGGAGAAACACCACCGAGUGGUGAGUCUGUCUGUCUGUCUGUCACACACGGCGACCGCCCGCACGCGUGUCCCGGCUGCCCGCUGCGGUUCGCCAAGAAGGACAACAUGGAGAAACACCACCGAGUGGUGA